AUGGACAUGGCGGCGGAGAGGAAGGGCGGCGCGGCGGGCGCCAAGCAGGACUGGACGUACGUGCCCAUGGCGUUCCGGAAGCGUCAUGCCUCCCCUGCCCCUUGGGGGCGCACGCCGUCUGACCCGCCCCCCUUGGCCGCUGCGCGUGCCAGGCCUCACGAGGACAAGGUGCUGGAGACCGUGCUGGCGCGCCUCUUCCGCGAUCCCGACAGGGUGCGGAAGAUAGCGGACCUGCUGCCGGGCAAGGACCUGGAGGCGUGCACGCGGCGCAUCCGGGAGCUGGAGGAAGACAUUGGCGAGAUUGAGAAUGGGAGCGCUGUCCCUGCGAAGAAGGGCUCUGGGAAGAGAGCGAGGGGGCCAAGAAAGAAGCCUUGCCGUCACGCUGUGCCAUGGACCAAGGAAGAACAUCGAUGGUUCCUCCUUGGCCUCGAACAUUGCGGCAGGGGUGACUGGCGCAGCAUUUCAAGGAAUUUUGUCUACACCAGGUCGCCAACCCAGGUCGCAAGCCACGCCCAAAAAUUUUUCUUGCGGCGCCACAAAAUCAGUCAAGGGAAGAAAGGAGACAGGCGACGAGCGAGCAUCAAUGACAUAACAAGCCCUAUGGACUUCUCACCAAUCCAUUACGGCAGCACCGACCAGGCCCCCGCGUUGCUCCUGUCGUCCUCAUUCUCUCCCCAAGUGCGCAAUUGA